AAAUUUAAAAAUUCGCGUCGGCGUUUAACGUCAUGACUGUGCGAUUGAGUUUAUGAAUGGAAGAUUUGUUUAUAUUACCAUUGUUGUCUCCAUAGCAUAAAUAUUUCGUGUGUCAAUGUCGUAAUUGUGGAAAACCCCCAUACGUGAAUUUGCCGGGUAUUUCCCGUUAGGGGCUUUCCCAAAGAUGGGUUAUAAAUACGCCUUUGCGAUUUUGAAACCAAAACUUCAUCAAAAACCGUUAAGAAGCAACUUUGAAAUUGUGUUUUUUUAAACAUUUUCCACGGUAUAAUCCAUCAAGUAUGCCUCAAAGAUCUGAGUGUCUGUUGCUGCUUGGAUGGCUGGUGGCUCUGGGAUUGUACAUCACACAAGCCUGUGUCCUUAUGAAGUUCCUAGUUGAACACACUACGACGAACAGCCAUCUUUAUUGGAUCGGCGUCGGAGUCUACCUUCUGUUUGCCUUGAUCGUUUUCGUGACGUUAUGCUGUACUAAAGGUUACGCACAAGAACCCGAUGAGAUUUGGAACGUGUGGUUCUUCUGGGUCGUCUAUAUCAUCAUCUACAUCAUCUCCGUCGGCUUGAUUUUCGGGGAAGUAGCUCACAAGCUUGACAAAUCGCAGACCUAUGGUCCGAACUGCUUGAAAAUCACUUUGUGUAUUGCUCCAGCGUUGCUGGUCCUUGUGUUACAACUGGUCAUCAGCCCGUCCUAUCGCAAAGGAGUCCUGGCGCUGUCCGUCUUCGCAGCUUUGGAUCUUUUUGAUGGCAUCGAGAUGCUGGAAAUCGUCCUCAUGCAAAACGAAUGGGAGGAAUUCAACCUCGACGAAUCCGUUGAAAAAUGGAUCAUUACCUUCGCAUGUCUGAGCUUUCUCAUCACCUCUCUUGGCCUGACCAUCAAUAAAUUCGAUGGCGAAAGUACUGUUGAAGAGAAGAGUAAUCGAAAGGCUGUUUGUAUGGCAUUGUUUGUGAUUCUGUUCACCAACAUUCCGUUUUUGGUCCUGCGAGUUUAUAUCUGGGUUGACUGUGGUUACGAAGCGUCUAUAUUUAUUGCUAAGAACGUUGUGUCGUUAGUCGUAGGCUUUGUAGAGUUCUUUGUCGCUUGUAGAUGUUGUACUUGUGAAUGACCCGAAGAGGGUUUGUCAGAAUACGAACGUUCUAUUACAGAACAUCAUUGACUAUAUCUUGAUAGUCAUGUCUGACUCGAUAGUCAAAUGUCACGGCUUCCGAAGUUAAGGAGCCUUUAUUUUUUAUAACGCCAAGAAUGAACGUACAAUCUUCAUCAUGUAACAUUAUCAUAAAUAUUUAAUCUUGCAUAUUAAAAAGUUACGAUUUAA